GGCGCGCUGGGCCCGGGAGGGCAGCGGGUCCGGCCGGGCAGCCUGGCUCCCCCUGGCAGCGGCGGGGCUAGCACGGGGAAGGGCGCCGAGGAUGCAGGGCAGAGGCCAGGGACGUGCCUGGAGUACUGGGGAUCAGCUCUGCCCGGACCACGCCUGGCACCGCUGGGUUCGGUCGCCUGCCCGCGCUGGGCACAUGCCAGCCUUGCCCGCUCCUGUGCCCAGAGCUGCACGGGGGGCCGGGCAGCCCCAGGCUGGGCGUCACCAGGGUCAGGCCACAGUGUCGGGCCAGAGGCUGUGCUGGACCAGAGCUACCCCCAGCCCCUGCGAUUGGGCCUGCCCGACUCUGGGACCCCCGGGACCCUAGCAGGGUCCAGAUUGCCCCCAGCCCCCCUGUUGCUCCGCUGGCUCCGGGAGCUCCAUGCCCGGGGGCUCAGCCCGGCUCCAACCCUGCCCUCUCUGCAUGGGGCGGGGGAGGGACUGACUGCCCCCUGGGAGGUGGGCGCUGGGCUGCCCUGCCAUGAGGUGGGGGGCUGGGGGCGUUGGCGGGGGGCAGAGUGUGACCCGCUCGCAGUUACUGGCAGCUGGAGGAAUCUCCGGCCAUAAUUACAAAACGUGACCAAGGACUUGGGGACUGACGUGAGAAGCCACAGGGGCCUGAUUUCCUCCCCCGUCCCCCCCUUCCCCCCAGCCAGCCUCAGGGGCCUGAUCCCCUGUGUGACCCAGGCACAGGCCCCCCCCUCUCCCCUGCUGGCCUCAGGGGCCUGAUUCCAUGUGACCUGGGUACUGCCCGCUGCUGGUCUCAGGGCUCCCCAAGUCCCUGGGCACCUCUGAAAACCUGGUUUUUGGCCCCUGGGUGGGUGGGCUGUGCUGGCGCAGGGCAGGGUCCCUGGGCAGGGCUGUGCACACACACACACACACACACACAUCUCUGGGCACCCACAUGCACUUUUACCUGCAUGGGGCAGCAGGCGCGUGUGCUUUGUGUCCGGGGUUGGGUGGUCCCUGCGGGCAGGGGAGGAGCAGCAGGGGUUCCUCCUCUCGCAGGUGGCAGACACAGGAAGCCAUUUUUGUUGUUUUACAUCUGAUGUCAAGAAAGUGCUGACUGCUGAACAACUGGUUGCUGGGUGAUAGGAUAGUGAUAUCAGAGCUGGGGGAGCCAAUCUGCCCAACGGGAUAGUGACAUCAGAGCUGGGCGAGCCAAUCCACCGGAGGGGAUAGUGAUGUCAGAACUCGGGAAGCCAAUCCACCCAAGCUGGCCCCAGUUCAACCCUGACUGGCAGUGGCAGAGGUGCUAUUGGGCCCUGUCACUUGGUCCCAUGUCUCCCUCCUGUAGGGUCUGCCGUGUCCCUGGGCUGGGGCUAGGGAUGAACGGGCAGAUCCUGUGGCUGUUCUGGAGCCCUGGGCAUGGCCUCUGUUAUGGGAGUGGGCCCCUGGCACUAGCCCUGCUGUCUCUGGGCCCAUGUGGGUCUGCACGCUUGGUAGGGCAAUUUCCCUGGCCCCUGGGGAGCAUGUGGCCCUGAUGCCCUCAAUCCUCCGGUAGCUCUGGGCAAACCUGGCCCCAGUUCAGGUUGGAGCUUUGGCGGAGCCAAACGAUAGACGGUUUCCAUGGCAUGUUGGAUGCCAGGCUGCCGGGACCAGCUGCCCAAGCUACCCCCUGCAGGGCUGCGUUUGGCCAGGACCUCGGCUGGUGUGGCCCAGAAGAGCCGGGAGCAAAUGAGAAAGGGCCAUCCAGCCCCCCAGGACCCAGGGCAGUCUGCACACCCCAUGCCUUGCAGCCCAGCUGCCCUCAGCCAGCAAGUGGGAGUCACCGACUCAUUUCUAGGACAAAGGGACUGAGCCCGAGCUGUGGUGCCAUCGCUCACAGUCAGGGACAUGAGGGUGGAGCCACGGGGCGACUGGGUGAGCAGCCCCUCGUGGUGCAGUAGUGCAGGAGGUUUCCAGGGCUUGGGGCUGCAACAGGCAGAGGGGCUGAGCUGCAAAGUCCUGGAAUUGCCAGUGUUUCCCUGCGGGAAGUGCAGCAACGCCCUCAGUCAGGGCGCGGAGGGGGAGGCGUGGUGGCUGGCAGGCACGGUGGGAUGUGGGGGUGGCUGGAAGCAGGAGGAGCCCCACCCCAAAGCACAGAGCUGGAGCACUAGGGAGCCUCUCAGGCCAGGCUCGCCUUGUUAAGGCCCCAAAUGCUUCUGCUCCCAUGGCCUUAUGGCCUGCCCUUGGCAAGGCUCCUGGCACUCCAGCCGCGGCAUGUCCCUGCUGGCCACCUACCACACAGCGCACUGCUCUGUGUACCUGGCGGGGCUGGGAGUCAGGACUCCAGGGUUUGCUUCCCUGCUGUGGGCGGGAGUGGGGGCUAGUGGUUAGAGCCAGGCCAGGGAGUCCAGACUCGUGGGUUCAGUUCCCAGUUCUGGCACACUCGUGUGUGUCCGUGAGGGAUGUUUGCCCAGCCCCGAUGUUUGCCCAGCCGUCUGGGUGUGACUGCAGGGGUUGGUACUGACAAGGGGACCUUAGCAGAUCCCAUCAGAGGGUGCCUGUUGGCAUGGCUGGUGCCCCAUGUGUGCCUGGCCCUGGUGAGCAGUUCAGCUCCCUCCUCCCCGGGCCCGAUGCCUGUGCUGGCUGUGUGGGACAGCUCCGAUGGCCCCCAGAGCGCACAUCGUCCCGUGCUGCUGGCGCGUCCCGGUGGAGUGUGGCCCAUGGCUGCCCCAGGCCCUGGCUCAUGGCCCUUCGCCAGUGGUACAUGCCAGCCCCGAGGAAUUCCCAGGGGUCGGUGGGAGCCAGGGUCCCUCCACACCGCUCCGGGCCAGGCCCAUGUGGUACCCCUUCCCUCUGUCCCCCAGCGCUGGGCUCUCCUGGGCACCCAGCAUCUCUGGCCAGGCCCAGCUUGUGUAACUCCAGCUGCCAUCUCUAUUUGUCAUGUCCCAGCGGCUGGGCUGGGGCUGGGGCUGGAGCUGCAGCUGCCGAUGCGGCGGGGCAGCUGCUUGCUCACCCCAACAUGCUGCAGCAUGCGGCAGGGAUGGGCCCACUUGGUGCAGGAGCAGCAGGAAAGUGGUGCCCUGGGGCUGAGUGCAUGUCCGGGCAGCGGGGCCCUGCGUGUGCGGCUCCCCCUUGCAGCUCCACACCCAACCCGGGCAGACACUGCUGCAACCACAGAGACCACUGCUCGAAUGCCCAGCCCAACCCAGGCAUCUCCCAGGGCAGCGCCUGUGACCACCAAGAGAGGGGACAGGGACUCAGCUCCAGCUUUGGGGGCCCUGGGCCCAGCUGGGCUCGCUGCCCAGGAGCCCAGAGCCUGUUGUACCUGCGGGUGGCGGGGGACACGCUGCGGGACCAGAUGCAGGGCAUGAUGCGGACUCUGCAUGAGCUGAAGCAGGUGCCAGGCCCAGCUCCACGGCUGGGCCCCCGCAAGCCGGCACCAGCUCCCCCCCAGCCCUGCUGGGAGCAGCCUGCGGAGAACCGGGCAUCGGCUGUCUCAGAGGCAGACUCUGCCUGCUGCCUGGAACUGGCGGAGGAGGAGGAGUGCGCGCCGCCCGCUAGCGAGAGGAGCCUGGAGUUCGACUCGGGCUACUCGGAGGUGUCAGGGGGCACGUGGCGGGAGGAGGAGGGGCCAGUGCUGCGCAGGAACCCCCCACCCUCCUGCCAGCGGGCACACAGGCUCUCCACGGGGGGCUUCCUCCGCAGCAGCCCUAGCCAGGCCCCUGGCCGGCGGGUCCGGCCCAAGUCCACCUCAGAUGCCUGCCUGGAGCAGUGGCGGGUGCUGGAGCCAGCAGACACGCAGGACUGGACUGUGGCACUGCUCUCACAGAGCCGCAACCGGCAGCCGCUUGUGCUGGGUGAUAACUGCUUUGCCGACCUGGUGGAGAAUUGGAUGGACCUGCCUGAGGAGAGUGUCUUGCCCCGCCGGCUGGCCAAGCCCCACAGCUUCUUACUCAGCCUCUCGGGCAACGUGCGGCGCAAGCUCGCCAGCCUGGCGCGCCCCAGGGGCCCCACCGCCCCCCAGCCUGGCCCCAAGCACCUCUCCGGCCCAGGGGGCCUCGGUGGGCGGGGGCAGGGACCCCUCUUCCACCAGUCACACGGCGACAUUGCCAAGCUCACCACGGACUGCACCCGCUUUGCUGCCCUCCUGAACAGCCGCAGCCGGCAGCCAAUCAUCUGCAAUGACAUUAUUGGCUACAUUUAGUCCCACCCCUGGCACAUUCCUGUCCCAGCUCUGCAUUUGUACCCGGCUAUGUAAAUAAACAAACAGCUUUUGUAUGGAA